AUGUCGGCUUCUGGGUUGACUGCAGCCGAUCCAGUGACAGCUACGUCUGGCGUUGCUGCUGCUGCUGUUGCUCUACCGGAAGACGAAACCGGCCGGGACCCGCAAGUCCCCGUUGUCGAGGGUUCGACCUCAGCCGAGGAGCUACCAGCAGCAACUAAGAGCAUCUCUGGUGGCGAAAAGAGGCCUCGUGAGGAGGAAGGUGAUGUAGGGGCGGAUUCUUCCAAUGAAGAACCCCCCACUAAGAAGGCAGCGGGUGAAGGAGAACAAGUACAGGAAACUGGAAAUCAGGCGGAGGUAACGCGGAAUGCUAUUGAGAUGAAACGAUCUGCUGACGAGACCGCUCCGGGCAUCAAUGGUGCACCUCCGAUCGGUUCUUCCAUCUCGGCGAUUCCUUUCGGCCCUGCUGCUCCGGACAGGCCGCUCGACCAUCAUCGCUGGGGAGCUGAGGCUGGGCCGUUCCGCCACACGUUGAAGGUUCCUCAGCACUGUGUGGCUCAAAUUAUCGGCCGAGGCGGAGCCAACUUGACGAGUAUUCGGAACACAUCUCGGUGUCACAUUGAGUGCGACCAAUAUACGAAGGAGCAAGGCUACUCGCUGUUUCACAUAGAUGGUCAGAACGACGAAGACUUACAACGAGCGAUCCGUGCAAUAGAGCGCCAGACCAAACCCAUGGAGCCUCUUGAGGGUGAGAUUCAGCAUAUCAUUCAAGUCCCGGAUGAUCGGGUUGGCGAUAUUCUUGGACCUCGCGGGUGCGUCGUGAAGGUCAUUGCAGAUCGCACGGGCUGCCGGAUUGAUAUGCAGCAGCGAGGUCUCCAGCGUGGCGAGGCGCGUGCCUGCAGAAUCAUAGGCACUCCUGCGGAAGUCCAAGCGGGCGUCAAAAUGGUAGAGGGCAUCCGAGACAACCUUAUCGAUGUGAAGGCUCUCAUAAGAGAGUUUGAAGAACUGAACCCCAACUUUCGUCGAGAUGAGUCAGAGCUGCGCUCCCCCGCUGGAUGGGGAUCUGGCGGCAAGGGCAGUGGCGGUUGGGACCAAUCAUACGGUAUGCGGACAGAAUAUGUUGCGCAUGCACCCUACGGGGCUUUCGGGGGCCAAGACCUAUGGUCUCAUCUUCUGCCGGCAUCGGGACCGAUUGAUAGAGCCGUUAUUGACGUACCCGCUGAAUGUGCUGGGCUUGUCAUUGGUCGUGGUGGUGAAAAUGUGAAGGGUUUGAAAUCACAGUGUAGCCUGUCGGAGUGUCAGAUUGAGAAAGGGACCGGCGUCGGGAGUCCAAGCAGCUCUGAUGCAAUUAUCGAUGAAGACUAA